CUGGUACCAGUUUCCGUGGAUAUUGCCUGUCGUGUGGUUCAAAACGUUCUCAGAAAAUAUAAAAUUAAAUAAAAACUCCAACUCCAAUUGUGAACUUGUGCCUUAAACAAAAAAUGAAGAAAAAUGCUUCUUAAGCUACCAAAAUCACCACUUUUUCUGGUGUUGUGCCUUCAAAUCUUUUCCGCGAGUGGAUUUCGUGACAAUCUGGAGCAGCGUGCCCGGGUCGUGAGGCAGUCCAACGAUAAUCUGCUCCUCGAGGCAGCAAGGGAUCAGAAUGUUACCCUGCGAUUGAUGGGCGAAUCGGCCACCGUGAACAUCAAUGGGGUGGACAUGUUGUCGCUGCUCCGUCGUCGCCAAAAGAUCAUAACCGAUCGCCAGGCGGCGGCUCGAAGGGAGCCCCUCUCGACGGAGUUGGUCAAGGAUCAGUUCCGGGAUGUGGAGCGCAUGAUGAAGCGGAUACAGCGAAGGGUCUUCAAUACAAUGAACUCCACGCGAAGGAAUGGGCUCAAUCGCAUCCUGCGCCGACAAUUGCAGAAGGUGGAACGCGUCACGGGAAUCCUGCGAACCGUCACCGCGAACCUGGUUAGGAACGAGUGCGAUUCCAGUCCGUGCCAGAACGGCGGAACCUGCCACGACGCCUACCAGGCAUUCCAGUGCGAGUGCACCGCGGGUUGGCAAGGCGUCACAUGCGAGGAUGACGUGAACGAGUGCUUCACCUUGGCAGGAACGGACCUGGCCGGCUGCCUGAACAAUGGCCAGUGCAUAAACACACCCGGAAGCUAUCGGUGCGUUUGCCGCAAUGGAUUUUCCGGCACCCACUGUCGCCUCCGGAACAAUACCUGCAUGACCAGCGGAUCCCGGGAGCUUUGUGGCGAUCACGGCACCUGCAUUCAGGCGGCCAAUGCCGCCGGCUUUGUGUGCAUUUGCGAUCAGGGAUGGACGUGGGCGGAUGCCAAUGCGACAUCCGCCAGUCCAAGUGCCUGCACGCGGGAUGUGGACGAGUGUGAGCCGCGCGUGAAUCCCUGCCACGACGUGUGCAUCAAUCUGCCGGGUAGCUUCCGCUGUGGGCCCUGUCCACCGGGCUACACGGGUGACGGACGCUUCUGUCGGGACAUAGACGAAUGCGCCGGCGAGGAUAAUGGAGGAUGCAGCCUGCAGCCGCGGGUGACGUGCACCAACACGGAGGGCUCGAAUCGCUGUGGCCGUUGUCCACCAGGUUGGACCGGCGACGGACGCACCUGCACAGCCUCCAAUUCCAACUCCUGCAACGAUGAGGGGAUCUGCCAUCCGCUGGCCAAGUGCGAGUACGUAUCCGACACGGUGGUGUGCACCUGCCCGCUGGGCAGCUAUGGCCAUGGCUACGGCGCCGAUGGUUGCACCUCGGACUCCAGCCGACUGCCCUGCGAACAGCAUCCUUGCCAGAACAACGGCACCUGUGUCCAGAAUGGGAGGGGAACCACCUGCAUUUGCCAGCCUGGUUAUACGGGCGCCUUGUGCAACUCGUCGGACGCAUGUCAUAGUUCCAGUCCCUGCCUGAAUGGUGGAACCUGCCGCCUCUUGAUGGAUAACAAGUUCCAGUGCGUCUGCCCACAUGGCUUCACCGGCACCACGUGCUCCCAUCAGCGCUUCUUCUGCGGUGCCACUAUCCGUGGUCCUUCGGGCCAGCUGCGUUUUCCGCCCAACACCGCCGAUGGCGACUACCAGGCGGACGAGCGUUGUCCAUUCAUCAUACGCACUACUGCCAAUAUGAUUCUGAACUUGACAUUCACCCAGUUCGAUCUGCAGGAGAGUGCCGACUGCUCCGCCGACUUCCUGCAGCUUCACGACGGCGGAUCGCUGACCGCCCGCUUGAUUGGACGCUUCUGUGGCUCCCAUUUGCCAAUGACCAACGGGAGUGUGGUUACCAGCCAGGAGCAGGUCUUCUUCUGGUUCCGCUCCGACAACCAGACGCAGGGCAAGGGCUUCCACGUCAUCUGGAGCUCGCUGCCAUUCUCGUGUGGCGAAACCAUUAACCUGACAGAGACGGAGACUGGCGUGAUUCGAUCUCCAGGUUAUCCUGGCGACGCCCGUCCUGGACUCGAUUGUCGCUGGCAACUGACGGCGCCGUUUGGCUACCGGCUGCUCCUUCGUUUCUACGACAUAAAGCUGGGCAGCACCGAAGGUGUGAACUGCUCCCAAGAUUCGCUCCUUGUCUACGACUCGGAUCGCCAGCUCCUCCGGGCCUGCCAGUCCCUCCAACCUUCCCCGUUGUACAGCUCUUCGAAUAGCCUGCGUCUGGACUUUCAUACGGACGCACUGCGUUCGGAUAGUUCCUUUCAGAUGCAUUACGAGGUGGUGCCGGGCCAUCCGGGAUGCGGAGGAGUGUUCACUGAGUCGCGGGGCCAUAUUAGGGGUUACAUGGACGCCGAGGUCUGUCUUUAUCUGAUCGAACAGCCACGGGGAACCCAAGUUAAGCUAGAGUUCGUGGAGGUAAAUAUGAUGAGGUGCUUCCUUCAGAAAAUUGAGAUCUUCGACGGGAGAACAACUUAUUCGCCCCAAUUGCGACGCGUGUGUGGCGGUAAAGAGGAAAGUGAUCUGGAGCCCCUAAUCUCCACGGGAAAUGUGUUGCUAAUGCGCUAUGAAUUCGCCUUAAUGGGCUUGAGACUGAGAAAAAGUUUUGAAUUGAGCUAUACAAGAGUGUGUACUGGUACCUUUGGGGGCUUUUCUGGAAUAAUUAGUACCCCAAACUACCCGGGUCCCUAUCUCGAUGACAUGACCUGCACGUACAACUUGACUGGGCCCCUGGAUACGGUUGCACGUAUACACAUCACAGACCUAUCCAUGGGCACUGCCAAUAAUGAAAAUGGAACAUCUUAUUUGGAUGUAUACUUAUCGCGUAAUGAAAAGCGGCAUAUUGUAAAGUCAAUGGAUGACUUAGUGAUGAUGUCAGACGCGAAUCGGGCUAGUUUGGUAUUCCGCGGAUCCGGUAGUGGCCGUGGAAUGCGAUUGGAGUACACCUUUUUGCCCACCAACUGUGGUGGUUUUCUUCAUGAGCCCGGCAAACGAUUCGUUAAACGCAUUCCCUCGUCAUUCUGUCAGUUUUUUAUUGAUGUUCCUGGAAGGAAACAAAUAAAUAUCCAUUCAGUGUCUCGUGAUGUUAAUAUAAAUAUAUAUGACAACACCACAAGCCCAGGAGUUUUGUUAAACAGUUACUCGUUGAACGUCAAUGAUGUUUUCGAUGGAGAUCUUCUGACAAUAAACGUAUAUAAGGAUAGCGGUUUCGGACUGAUAAUAAUGAGUUUCAGCAUUGUUGAGCAAGAGAAUUGCGGAGGAACAUUGACCAGUCGCUUUGGCUACAUAAAGUCUCCAAACUGGCCAAAGGCAUAUGGAGAGUCAGAGAACUGUGAGUGGGUUAUAAGAGCACCACUUGGCCACCGCUUGGAAUUGGUGGUGCAUAACUUUACGCUGGAAUCUGAUUAUGACGCCGAUGACUGCAAAGGAGACUGGCUAGAGAUAAGAAAUGGUGACUCCCAGUCGUCGCCGCUAAUCGGACGAUAUUGCGGAACUAAAAUACCAAGCAGGCUCCCCUCAUUUGGAAAUGCCCUGCAUCUCAGUUUCAAGUCAGAUGACAGUGUCGAGAAGAGUGGAUUCCUUCUGAGCUGGCAGCAGACCGGAGCCGGAUGUGGCGGCAAACUGAGCUCCUCCUCGGGCAGCAUACAUUCACCACAUCUGCUGGAGGGGAAUCGUGGUGUUCUCGCCUGUGACUGGCAAAUUGUCGUCGCCAAGGGAUCCAGAGUAAAAAUGCAGCUCGAGAGCAGUGACGGGCGUCUCUGCAGCGGUCAACUGACCAUCUACGAUGGCCCCACCACCGCCAGCAGGCCAAUGCCGAUGCGAUGCGAUGGGAACGGCACCCAACCCCUGGUGUCCACCGGAAAUCGAGUCCUGGUUCGUUACGAUGUGAGCCAAGAGUCACCCGACGGCACCAACUUUAUGCUGAACUACCAAACCGACUGUCGAGUGCGACUGGAGGCCUUCCAUGGUGCCAUUGAAACGCCCAAUUUCCCGGAGAACUAUCCACCACUCUUAGACUGCGAAUGGGAUAUUCGCGCUGGCGGACGAAAGAAUCGUCUGCAACUCGUCUUCUCACAUCUAUCCGUGGAGAAAUUUGGGGAUAUGUGCAUUGACUCCACGACCCUUAUCGACAUGCUGGACGACCAACAGCUCUCCGAGAACCGAAUUUGCAGCAAUAACAACUUGGACCCCAUCACUACGGCCGGAAAUCGGUUGCUCCUUCGCUUCAAAAGCGAUUUCUCAGAUCAAAUGCAGGGCUUCCGGGCGGAGUACAAGCGUUUGGGAUGCGGAGACCAUUUCCACGAGCAGGGCACAAAGUUUGAAUCGCCGAAGGCACCCUUUAGCCUGGACAUGGACUGCGUUUGGGUCAUCACAGCAUCGGAGGGCCAGCAAAUCCGUCUCCUGCUUCACGAAGUCCACUUCGAGGCGCCCCAGAUGGAUUGCAGCAAUGCAGAAUCCAGCCUCUCCGUAUCAGCCCCUAGUGGAUCCAACUCCUCGGUGGUUCUGUACCGCAGUUGCCACGAGGAGACGCAGACGCAAACCUUCACCUCGCCGGGUAACGAGCUGGUGGUACACUUUGUCAGCAGCCCAUCGCCGACUAGGAAGUACUUCAAGGCCAGCUACGUCCAGGUGCCGGCCAGCUGUGGAGGACUCAUUACCGCCAGCAGCGGGGUGCUUACCUCUCCUGGCUUCCAUAAUCUCCAAGAUAGCAGCAAUGUCGCGAACUACUCAACAAAUGUGGAGUGCGUAUGGACUGUGGAGGUUACGAAUGGCUAUGGUAUUAGGUUGCGUUUCGAACAGUUCAACCUCACGGAAUCGGCCAAUUGCUCGCUGACCUUCUUGGAACUCACAAAGCCGGGGGAGGAUGAGAACGGGCUAUUUAUGGAGACCACCUGCGGGGAAGAUUCGCCCAUUGUCCGCAUAUUUCACGGAAAAAAGCUGCGUGUCCGGUUUAAAGCCCAGGCGGGAACCUGGGGUCGGUUCGCCAUGUAUUUUGAGCGGCAGUGCGGUGGGCCGCUUUCCACCGGAGAGGGCUAUUUGCAGUCCCGGCUGGACGAGGACUGUAACUGGCUGAUCUCCUCACCGGAGGGCAGCAAACUGAGUCUUAGGAUCAAUCAGUUAGAAUGUCCGAAGUGUACGGCUGCUUCGAACAAAUGCCCGGAGGAUCUUCAGCUGAUCAACGACGAUGAUGAGGUUGUGCUUUACCAGAUGUGCCGCGAUCAUCCGGCCAAUGUGAUUGUGCCUGCCAACAAUGUGCGCAUCCUGACCCGCGGAGUAAGGUUGCAGGCGCUGUACAGCACUUUCGAGAACUCCUGUGGCGGGAACAUCACAUCAGCCCGUGGUAGCCUCAGUUCACCAAAUUACCCGGACAGUUAUCCGGCCAACAUUGAAUGCGUCUGGACAAUCGGUGCGCGUCCUGGAAAUGCUCUGGAAAUCAGUUUUGAGGCUAUGGACAUCGUCCGCUCCGAGCACUGCAACGAGGACUUCCUGGAGCUCCGCUCUGGCUCGCAGGGUCCACUUCUGGGCCUGUACUGCGAUAAAAACCUACCGGCGAGUCCGUUGCUGGUGCGAUCCGAGGUUUGGAUCAAAUUCCGUAGCCGGCCGGCCAACACCGCUGGGGGUUUCCGAUUACGCUGGAGUUACGUACACAACAUUGAAGUUACAACCAGCACCAAUGGCACAAUCGAGCCUCCUCCACCGAUCUUCGUUAAUGGCGAGGAUCAGCCCUUUACCUGGCGCAUUUUUACCGAUCGCGAAAAUGUUGUGGUGUUGCAGUUUGAGGAAUAUAUAUCAGGCCUUUUACUCUUCAAUGGAUAUGAUGAAAUGGCUUUGGCGGUUGACAUAAAAGCCAGUCCAUGGACUUUCACCUCGAGCAGCAAUGUGGUAUAUUUAAAGACCUUGAACGCUGAACUGAGUAAUUUCCGGAUCAAGUGGCACGUGCUGGAAAGCUCUUUGGUGGAGGGCAACGUCAGCCUGACCUCCAUGGAGUGUACCAAGGAAGUGACGUUGGGCAACUCCGGCAACCUUGAUCUAAGCUCGCCUGGAUUCCCGUACGGUUACGCACCCAAUCUAGACUGCGAAUGGACCAUUAAAUCAGAGGACCCUUCACAACAUAUCUACGCGUAUUCAUUUAGAGUGGAUCUGGAGGACUUCCCCGAAUGUGCCGCUGAUUAUCUUCAGGUUCAGAGUUCAAGUGACCUCAGCCACUGGACUAAUGAGAUGCGCACUUGCAAGAAGCCGACGGGUUUAAUUGCUCCAGUUCACGGAACGCCAAACCUGAGACUCCAAUUCCACAGUGAUGUAUCCAUGAACGGAACUGGAUUUUCCGCGAAACUUCGUAGCGUCUGCGGCUCCAACAUGACAGGAACUGUGGGCACCAUUUUGCUGGACAGAUUGGAAAAUAAUUGCUCCUGGCACAUCGAUGUGAGCCCAGGUCGGAAAAUAGACAUUACCAUCUCUUAUAAUGACAAUCCUGACAAGGACUGUCAGGCGUAUGGUCUCAUCUACGAUGGAUUAGAUGAACAUGCUCCUUUGCUGGAACAUGGGAGGUUUAGCAACCAACCGGAGUUCAGGAAGACACAAUUGCGGACGAGCGGCUCGCAUGCCUUCAUAAAGUACCAUCAAAACUCCAGGCAAAGAUUUUUGUGCUCUUGGACUCUCACGUACAGAGAGUUUAAUGAAUGCAACGGAGAGAUCCAGUUGACUCAACAGGCUCCCAACUAUGUGGUCACAUCGCCAAGAUAUCCGUAUCUGCCGCAUCCACAUUCAGAAUGCACGUGGUUGAUCAUGGCGCCGGCGGGGGAGACCAUCGCGGCCAAUUUUGAUGAGCCAUUCGAGUUGAGUGCCCGGCACUGCGAGCAGGAGAAUGUGGAGUUCUUCGAUGGCUCCACCAAGCUGGCCCGCCUCUUGCAUCGAACCUGCCGCAAGCCGCAGGCCACGGUGCGCUCUUCGGGCAACCUGCUCCUCCUCCACUAUCAGUCGCAGCUCAGUGAACCCAGUGGAGGUUUUCGACUUAACCUCUCGCUGAGCGCAUGUGGCGGGCAGUUCAGCGGAUUUUCUGGAUUCAUCAGCUCGGAGAACUAUCCGAGUCCGGGUGGAUAUCCCAAACCGUCGGUGUGCGAGUAUAGUAUUCGCAUGGCCAAGGACUAUUUCAUCCGGUUGAACAUCACAGAUCUUCAUUUGCCGUUCGAUUCAAAUGGAACAUCCUCGAAGAGUACGAGCGAUCGUCUGGAAAUCGUCGACUAUGCGGAUCCCACUCAAGAACUAUUUGUGCUGGACGGCAGUACAGUUGCGCCCACUCUCGUCACCCUGAACACCAAUGCGGCAACCAUCCGCUUCGUGGCCAUCCAAAAUGUAAAUAGUUAUCGGGGCUUCAAGCUAAAGUACCAGCGCUCCCUUGGGACGUGCUCGAGGGAUAUAAACGGAGCUGCAGGCGACAUCGUGAUCCCACCAAUGCCACCGACCACGUGGCUGAGAUACUGCCGCUUAACUAUUAACGUGCCAAAAGGACAGAGGGUGCGGCUGAGUCUUCUUAACCUCGCUGAUAUUCGCGUUGUUAACCGAACUAAGCGAUCCUUAGGACGAUUCGCUCGUUUUGAUAGUAUGGCUCACUUUUCCUUCUACAACGACAUCAACUCACUCUCGAAAAUCGCCCAAUUCCGGGUCGAUGGGUACAACGGCAGUGGAAUAAUUGAGUCCACCGACAACGUUAUGCUCGUCGUAGUGAUGACCAAUCAGUUGGAUUUGAGUGGCACCCCUGUGAGGGCUCGCUACAGCUCCAGCGAACCCACAGUCUGCCCGCCAAAUAUUGGAGAUCAGGCGAUGGGAUCCCUGUCCAUCCAAACCCUCCUCCAGCUGCCCAGCUACCAUUGCACCAUUCAGUUUGUGGGUGCUGUCAGUACAACGCUUACAUUUAAGGUCGAAGAGCUUCUGUUCGAAACGAACGGCGGCCCAGCAGUUGUGUUCCGAGAUGAAGUCACAAGUAGUUCGGUUAGGGCGAUGCACUUCAAUGUCACCAAUAGCUAUGUAUCUGUGGUUGCCACAGGUGGACGGGUAAACCUUCUGAAUAACGAUCACAUCAAGCUGCGACGCUUCCGGGCCUCUUAUCGUCGGCACAACUGCGGCGGCCGACUGCAGGCAGCUGAGGGAGUCACCAUAGAGUCUCCGGAUCUGUUGAAUUCUCUCAACGAAGCCUACGGGGUAGUGGAGUGCCUCUGGACGCUGAGCAACAGUAACGGCUAUGUGCUGGAGGGCAAUGUGACCCUAAGCGACCGCUGCGAUCGGGAGUACCUGGUGAUCUUCAGCGGACAGGAGGAGGUGGGGCGCAUUUGUCGGGGUAUGACGAUGAACCGCACUCUCCUGGAGCUGCCCUUCUCCAGGAUUCUCUAUCAUUCCGAGAGCCCUCUCUUCGCACAUAGUCAGUUUAGCCUGCAAGCCACGAGAUCCAUAUCCGACGGCAAAGUAAUUCGCGUAUACCAACGACCAUCCCCACCGGUGACGAUGGAAAGCAAGGACUACUUAAAACAAAAGGAGCGCAUUUGGGAGUUUGUCACCAACGAUGACCUAUCCCUGAAGCUUCACUUCCUGAGUCGAAUCUUCAUUGUGAACUCACCCAACUGCUCGUUGGACAGCUUGGCAGUAGAGCGUUAUGAUGAAAGGACUCGAUCGUUUUCAGAAGUCACCAGCCUCUGCGGCAGGCCAGAGCCCAACGAUAUUCUGGUGCAAUCCGCCCGGAUGAGAGUGAUAUUCCGAACGAAUUCCAAUACCUCGGGCGACGGCUUCAGCUUCCAAGUCUCCCCUAGCUGUGAUGCCGUACUGCAGGCCAGACCAGCGCCCCAAACCCUGAGAAGUCCCGAUUGGGCGGCCACCCGCGGACUGCAGUUCAACUGCAGCUACGAAUUUUUCACGGACGACGAGCACCAACUGGUGGUCAGUGUCAAGAGCAGAAGUUCAUGGGAACCGUAUAUGUGCAGCAGGUCCUAUUUCGAUACUUAUCGUCGGGGCGAUGGUAAGGUGGAGCAGAGUGUUGGUAGGCUGUGUCCCAACUUCGAGGUGAAUGGCUACGGACGUCUUCGCCUGAACUACAUUUCUCCAGUAUCGCGUGGGUUCGAGCUGCGUUACCAUAAAAUUGAAUGCGGUGGCAACCACAGCAAACCCUUCACUCUGCAACCGCCGCUAGAUGAGGAGUCCAGUGCAUAUGCCCACAACCAGAAAUGCGAGUGGAGGGUUACCGCGCCUCCACAGCAUGCCAUUGUGAUAGAGUUCCAAUACUUGGAUAUGGAGAGCAGCAUGAACUGUCGGUUCGACAGUCUGACCAUUUACCGCGGCAAAGUGGCCAGCUUGGAGCAGAGGACCGAGCAACUGUGCGGCAAUAUGACCAAACCCCGCACCAUCAUGGUGAACAGCAACGAGGCAUUGAUUGUCCUUUCCACGGACAGCUCCACCAGUCACCGGGGCUUCCUGGCCAGAGUGGUCUUCUCCCAGAAUUGCAAUGAGCGCGUGAACCUUGACUUGGAACUGCCGCGCACGAGCUUGAUAAGGCAGUACACCUUCAAUAUAACCGAGCACCUAGUGUGCCACUUCCAGGCCAUUGUCCCACCGGAGUACCGCGUUUCGUUGGAGGUCCGAAAGCUCCAACUGAACGACGACAUCUGCGGCAAUUGCAGCUACUUAGAGGUCCUCGAUGACGAUGAAGUCGAGAACCAGAUAAUCGGAAGGUACUACAAUAUUGUGAGCUCAAAGCCAACCAAGGUGUACAGUUCCUACUCGGCCUUGUGUUUCCAUCUGAACGCAGAAACCGUGCAGUACCAACAGAACAUCAGCUUCGAGCUGAUCCUGCAAAUGGAACGCACUGCAUGUGGUCAAUCAGUGUACGACAUGCAGUUGAAUGAGACCAUUACGCUGGGUCUGCAAUAUGAUAAUAGCUCGAGCAUCAACGAGGGACCAAUUCAAUGUACCUGGACAAUUAAGGGCAACGGAGAUGUGGAAUUAGAUUUCCAAAAGAUUCGUCUGAAAGAAAUAUCUCAGCGGACUGGAAAAUGCGAAGACUACUUAAAACUGUCUAAGCCUUACUUCUCCAGAUCGUUUUGCGGACGGCUCGACAAAAGCUUCAAGAUGAUUGAGGAAGUCGAUGAAUCCAACCUACAACUUACCUUCCACAGCGACAUUCUCGAAGAAUCCCACGGGUUUGAAGUUAUCAUACGACGAAAAUCAAAUUGUAAUCGAAAUUACACGGAACUGAGUCAGGUUAUUAAUACCUACGCUCUGAGCAACUGCACUGAAUACAUCCAAGUUCCAAAUGGAUACAGCAUAACGCUAUACGUAAUGUCUGUGUUGUUCAACGAUAUGGACGAUUCUUCCAAUUUAUUUGAUAUAACGGAUCUUAAGUCAAACAAGACUAUUUUCAAUACUACGAAGAUUUAUUGGGUAACCACAGCAAUGCUCACCACUACCAACGAGCUGCGCCUCCGUAGCCAUGGGGUAUCCUCCCUAAAGAUAUUUUACUUUUCCACUAGCAAUGAGUUCCCCAGCGGAUGUGGUGGUAAUCUAGCGGUGGGUGGAUCGAUGGGGAGUUACCUAGAGAAUCCCUCCUUCGAAGGCCGCAAGAGCCUAACGUGUAGUUGGAAUAUAUCAGUACCUCCCGGCGGAAGCCUGCUAUUUAGAUUCUCAGAAUUCAACAUGGGCUCGGAAACCAAUUGUGAUCUGGAUAAUUUGCAAUUUUAUGACAACAGUAUCGACGGCCGCACACUCGUGAGAAGCAUUUGUGGGUCGAGAAUUCCAAAUGAUAUUACCAUAGCCAAAAAUAAUGUUAUUAUAAUUGCCAAAAAAUCGCCAAAUUUCGAUGGUCUAGGGUUUAAGAUAGACAUAACGGAAACCAAUUAAAAACUUUCAGAUUCCUUUUUAACAAAAGUACUAUAUAUAAAUACAAGUAAAG